GAUCAGUAAAACUAAAAUCAUGAGUACAAUAUGCAAGAUAUAAAGUAAUUCGGUAAAUCCCCGUUAUCUUAAAAAUUAAAGCUUCAAGAUGUUACCAGAAGCUCGUAGCUGCAUAAUAUAUUCAGCUGUAAUACUUAGUCUGUUCGUCAUUGAUUAUCUUCUAGGAAAUGGUUUCGUUGUAACGUUCCAGAAAUUGAUUUGUAAAUUUGUUUGUGGUAUUCGUAAAGACAUUAAGGAAGAAAGAAAUUUACUGAUAACGGGGAACGAGCACUUCUUCAACUUGCCAGUUUUGUUUUCCGAAAUUGUGUUCCUAGCGUUGACAAUAGCGUUUUUGAAUAAAUACAAACAGCACAGCAGGGAUAACAUUGAUGAUCUUCUUCGAGAAAGUAGGGACGUGUUACGGCAGACCAACGAGUUUCUCGAGAAAUGGCGUCUUAGACGGAUACAUUGGCAGGUGCCUAACGAGUACUCGUAUCUGGACGAAGAGCCGCAGGAGAUAAAGCCUUUCAAGCUGGAAGUGCCAAUCCUGCAUAUGGCUAUAAUUGACACUCUAGGGUCUACGAGGAAUCGGUCAGAACGCGGAGACGCAGGCGACAUGGUCAGCUCUAUGGAUACCAUGCUACUUUCAAUGACCAAUCUUAUCGAUGAUGAUUUGCAAUCGAUUCCUGAAAUACUCGGCGAAGAAAACAUCGAUAUGCAACAGGAGAUAGAAUUCCAAGAUCGUUUCUUGUGGGACGUGCUAGAAGAAGAUUCGAGUUUAGAAGAAUUUUAAUGUUUUCAUAUGUUUUACGUGAACUGUUCAAAUUAAUUGUAUUUAAAGGUGUUCUAUUAAAUCAUGUUGAAGGUUUC